AUGGAUUGCUUGGUCUUGCCGGUGACUAUCUUGAAGAGGCGCUGCACGGGGUCACGGCUAGGCUACCGGCCUUUAACCAAAGAUGGGUUCGAGGAGUCGGGGCAUCAAGUGACCGUGGUGGUCGGGAAGGAGAAGAGAGAGUUCUUGGUGGAUCCAUUUGUGCUAGAAGAAAACCCCUUUCGGGUUUUGAUUGAGAUGAUGAAGAAGAAUGAUCAGGAGAAGAAUUUCGUUGUGGAUCAUAGGAGCAAGAAGAGGGUGAUUUUCGUGGAUGUGGAUUCGAUUUUGUUCGAGCACAUGUUGUGGUUGAUGUAUAAUGAUUGUUCUUCUUUGUUUAAGCUCAACCUCAAGGAGAUAAUUGACUUCUAUUCUCAAGAUUACUAG